CCUGGCCCCCCUCCCCGUGGAUCCCCUACCCUUCGUCGUCCCGGCCGAGAGGGAGGCGCGGCCCCAAUUCCUACCGCCUCCGGCCGCCAUCGCCGCGGCCGGGAAGACCUCGUCUAUCGCCUCCGCCGAGCACAAACGCCGCGCGGUCACUCCCUCCAUGUUCUCCCGCGGCCGAAUUCUCCACGCGACGCGCUCCGCACUCGGCUGCUUCGUGCCGGCGCCCCGCAGCGCCGUCCUCUCCUCUCCCCGGAGUCUAGUGUGGGCAGAGAUCCGUCCUGGUUUGGUCUCGGUCCGAUUCCUUCCCGUGCAGGAUUUUUGUUAAUGAUGGGGGAGAAUAAAUGGAUGGGAAAAAGAUGGGAGGACAUGGACACUGAUGUCCUUGUGAAAAUAUUCAAGGAAUUAAAUUUGGUUGAGCUGUCACCGGUAUCUCAAGUUUGUCGUUUGUGGCGUUCGGCCUGUUCAGAUCCACUUAUUUGGGGCACUCUUGACUUUGGAUUGUUAAAAUCCAAUUUUAUUCAGACAAGAGCAUCACCAUAUAUUUGGGUUGAUGAUAGGUCUGACAAGAGACUUGCAAGAAUACUACGUGUGGCUAUGGCAAUUAGCUGUGGGAAUGUCAAUUGCAUGAUAUUCCAUUACAAUUUGUUCAUGAAAGAUGAGCACCUUCAUUUCAUCUCAGAAAGGUCUCCUCACCUAAAACGAUUGGUUAUGCCAGCAUGGAACCGCAUCACCAAAGUGGCAAUAUGUCAAGCUAUCCAAAGGUGGCAGGAGCUGGAGUCCAUGACAAUGCCUACCAUUGGACAUCCUCCAUAUAUUAUGGAAGAGAUAGCAAGGAGCUGCAAGAAUUUCACAGAACUUAAGAUCAUGGGCUCAUUUGAUCAACAAUUUGCCUCGGCAAUUCUGCAGUUCCUUCCAAAGUUGAAAGUGCUGAGCCUUCGUUGCUCUAAAGUGUCCAUGGAUGCACUCCAGUGCUUGCUGAACUCUAUGGAAUAUCUUGAGGUUCUGAAUAUUUCGCACUGCCUGCUAUUGGUCAUUGCGGCAAAUGGGCGGAAGCAAGUGGUUCAUGAACUGGACAGCCAAAUUUUCGAGAGAGCUUCACGGCUGCGUGAAUUCCACUACUGCCAGAGUAGGUUGUGCGUCGCAUGCCAGCGGAUGGUGGUGGACGAAGGCAUCAUGCGCUGGUACAGGUACGAGGAUUGGUUUUGGCGUCGGGACGAGGUGAGGUCCCUUGAUCUGCAAGAUUAUGGGAAGCUGUUUGAUGCUGGUUGCGAGAGGUUGACGUCUGUGGAGUAGAUGCUAAUAGUAAUAGGGGAACAAAACCCGCCUCCUCAGUGUAGAAACUUGUUCACUGGCAUUCAUAAAACAUAGCAAGCGACGAUCGAGUUGUGACAAUAGAUAAAUAAUAAUAUCGACAACAAUGUGCGUGAAUGGGGUGCGCGUGUGUUUAGCUAGUGUUGUAAAUCCAUGAAUAGUUCGUCUUGUUUGGAGUUUGUGAUAGCAGCCAGUAUGGUGACAAGAGUGCACAAUUCUGCUCAAUUUGUUUGGUUUUAUGUGAUGCUGAAUUGGACAUCAAUGAUAGUGUUUGGCUUUA